GGCACUGACUGGCGGCACUGCUGGGCACUGACUGGCGGCACUGCUGGGCACAGGUGGGUGGUACUUCUGGGCACAGGUGGGUGGCACUGCUGGGCACAGGUGAGUGGCCCUGCUGGGCACAGGUGGGUGGCACUGCUGGGCACCGAUCAUCACGGCACUGAUCAUCAGUGCCCUGAACUGCCGGUUCUCGGCAGUACUUUCCUCACGCUCUGACAGCAUGAGGAAAGUGCAGCUGAGAACCGGCAAUUGCUUUUUCCGGUGAUCAGCGUGCCAUUGGACACGGCUGAUCAUGUGGUAAAAGGCAGCUGUGA